AUGAGAACAAAAAAAGGACAAGACCGGGUUUUGCAGGAAUCAGCACAAGCUGGCUCUUUGCGUCGAAGCACCAUAGUAACGUCCGAAAUUAAAAAAGGAAAACGCAGGCGAGAAGUAGAGGAAGAUGAAGAGUCUGAAUUGUCGUAUGAUGAGGAUAUUCCAACACAAGUUAUUACAACAACGUCUGCCAAAAAAGCAUUACAAAAAUUAUCAGAUGAUGAAAUAAAUCGCAAAGUAAAAGGUUUGGUCAGACUCGCCCUAUUCUCUGAGCGCAAGAAAACACCGAUAAGGCGUGAAGACAUGGUGAAAAAAGUUCUUCAGGAACAUUCUAGAGCUUUUCAAGAGAUUUUCGAACAGGCACAAGAUGAACUACGUGAUGUCUUUGGAAUGGAAAUGGGAGCAUCUACGAUCUGUAAAUCAUACGCACUCAUUAGUAUUCUACCGCAGCAAAUAAAAAAUACCGAUCUUAUCCAAUGGCAUGAAGAAGAAGCGACGAUGGGUUUACUUACAGUUAUUCUCAGUCUUAUCUUUGUAAAUGGGCAGACAUUGUCAGACGAUCAACUUAGAAGCUAUACCAAUCGCCUUCAUAUCCGAGGUGAUCACGAGACUUUCGGAGAACUAGAUAAAACGUUAAUGACCUUUGUAAAGCAAGGUUACUUGGAUAAGCAGAAAUCUGGUCUAGUCGAUCAAGUUUCAGAAAAAGAACACUUCGAGUACCGUUGGGGACCCAGGGCAAAAGUCGAAUUUCCAGAAAAUAGCAUAGUUCAAUUCAUUAAAACGAUAUAUGGUCGAGAAGCCGGCCCAGAUUUCGCAAAACAAAUUCAAAGAGCAUCUGGUGGGGGUAUUGAUUAA